AAUUUAGAGCUUGGAAGGGGUAGUACAAAGAGCAAUUCUUCACUCGUUUUGGAGGCUUGGCCUGGGCUAGACCAUAAAUUGAACAAAGUGCAUAAUACAAGGUCAUAUGAUCAACAUUUUUAAAAUGCAUUUAUUUGUAAUCGGUUUCCCAUUUCCUUAAAAAUCGUAUGAAAAAUUAAAUUUUCAAUGACCAACAGCGGAUUUUGUGCAAAAGCAACGCAAAUCCGUCUGUUUUCAAAACAAAGCAUACAAACUGGCAACACUGGUUGUACUGUCAAAUUCCACCAUCAGCAAUGUUUUGACAGAAUUAAAACAAGCAACAACAAAUGUUCUGUAGAUGAAUAGUUGUGCAUUCCGGUUGUUGGCUGCAUUUGGAGUAGAAUAUUGUCUUUAAUUCGUACUUAUCACCUACUAGUGCAAUGAAUGGUAACAUAAUGGUGAAAUGUGAACCGAUCACGGAAGAGUCGGAACUGUUCAGCAGUCUCGUUGCAGAUGGGAACGAUGAUUUACAGCAGCAAAAAACGCAGCAACAGUACCAUCAACAAGAACUACGUUUGCUGUGCAUGUACAAGCUAAAGGUGGCCGAAGAAACAGUGGAUCUACUGGAAGCGCAACAGAUAAACAUUGAAUGUUUGCAUAAAAUGCGCAUCGAAGAUGUGGACGUCCUUUUCGAUGGCAAGCCCCUCGGUUGGAAGAUUCUAUUUCGGGAAGCUUUUCUUGAGUGGCGUGAAGAGAUAGGCCUCCCGUGUAAAAGUAUCAAAACACUGUGUUAUCGCAAACGUCCCAAUGAAUCGUAUGAUUCGCUGGUGGAAAACUCACUGAAGGACCACCAAUCAUCGGCCCAGCACUGGGAUGAUUGUUAUACAACUUCGUCACAGCUGUUGAAUGAAAAAGAAGUGCCGACGCAGCAUGAAAACGGUACAUUGGUCUAUCGAGCGUACCGGUGGCCUAUGACACCGAACACGUUAAAGGAUGUGCUGCAAAGCACACCCAUUGGACGGUCUAUCCUCUCGAUGGGAUGCCUCGGUGCAUUGGGGAAAUCGUUACAAUACCAGCUGACGGCUAUCAUUAUUGACUAUCAUAUGGCAUAUGAGACGAAGAUUACUACUCCGCAGCUGGAAAACUAUGCGUACUGUAUAACCACUCUGUUACCUCACGAGAAUGUGCCAACCUACCACAUUCCUCGAGGUCCCAGCAGACGUAAUCCGGGUGGUUCGCUUUAUUCUCGUUUUAUCAAUCAGAAAAUUAGUAAAAAGGCGCUUGCGAUCGGGAAUUCAAUUGCGGCAUCAUAAGACUUGACGCCACAUCAACCGGAAUUUCCUUAGCAUUUACGCUUUUCGACGAGGAUGUACAGAGCAUUUGUGACUAUUGCUGUUUUUUACCAAAGCAUGAUCGUUGUGUUAUGAAUAGGAUUAAUUACCACCUUUAGCUAAGCCUCUAUAUGUGUGCCUGUGAUGCGGGCGAUCUCAGUUAGGUUGAAGAUUUAAUGUUAUGGCAUAGCGAAUAAGUAUGUGUUUUGUUUCUUCAAAGGUACUUUCCAAACAUUUUUAGCGAAUAAUGCCUUAAUGUUAACUUCUAGAUAAUUGCUUCAACUGCUGCCAGUCUGCUCUAAUAAGUGUCUUGAAUGUACAGUCAAAAACAAGACAUGGUGCAGUCGAAUACAAGGUAGUAAGCUGUAGCGUACGCAAUUAGGACACAUAGGGACUUCCAUGAGCAUUACGUUCAAUGUUUCUCUAACCCAAAAUGACAAAAAUAUUUAACUGAAAUAUAGCAAUCUGUAAAGUAACUUUGAGUUU